CGGCGACGCAUCGAAGGUAAUCGCGCAGGGGCCGUCGUAUGUCGUGUCGUUUUUCCACGCGCUGCUCGUGACGACCCGAGGCAUGUGGCACGUCGCGCGCCUCCUCCAGGCGCCCCUCUCUGCCCAGCUCAAGAUCCCGGCCGACCCCUCGGAUCCGUGGUAUGCCGCAAGCGGCUCGGAGAUCAAGCAGACAAACCUUCUCUUCGUGUCGUUUCUGCUCAACGACCUUGGCCAUAUGCUCCUCUCCCCGGCCCUCAACGAUACCGCCCUCGUCAUCCACCACCUCGGGUUCAUCGGCGCCUCCUUCAUCUGCGCGAGCUACCGCUUUUUGCCGCUGCCAUUUUCCUGGCUCAUCUGCGGUGAGGCCUCAACGAUACUCCUCAACGUCCGGUGGGGCCUUCUCGCAUCGGGCCGCGCCGAAACAACUGCGAUGCGCGUGGUCGAACCAGCCUUUGCCCUCCUGUUUGCCCUAGCGCGCGUCAUCGGCUACGGUGCGGGCCUGGCGCACCUCUGGUUCCACCGCGAGCGGGUGGGGGAGGGCGUGCCCUCCGGCGUCGUGCGGUCACUGUUGCUGCUACUUCUCGCUGGCUACGCGCUCAACCUCAGCUGGAUGCGGAAGAUCGUCGCCAUGGGGAGGAGCAGGAAACGCCGAGCGUAGUCGUCUCGGCGAGACGCGGUCGCGCGGUUUGCAUAGUGUCGUUUUACCGGGUUCUCGUUGUUUAUAAUAAAUCAUAUCCC